UUUUGGAGCUUCACUUUUGUUUGAAGUCCGAUUUUAGGGUUUGAAGACGAGGCACCGUGGGACGCAAAAUUGAGUCUCCUUCUCUUCAUAUUUUUAUUUAUUUUUCCACCGAAACAAACCACGGGGGAAGUGGAGUUGCAAUAUUUGCCAAUAGUUGGAGGAUUUUUAAAGCCGGGGCAAACGUAGAUAGACAGAUAGAAAUGCCGCCAAUGUGAAGAAAGCAAAAUUUGAGGGUCGAGAACUUCGUGUUCUUCAUCUUCGUCUUCAUUUUCGUCGUCGUCGUCCCACCUGGUCUUCUUCUUCGUUCAUCGUCUCACCGGACGUUCUGGUGAUGGUGGGAAUUCGUUGAUUUCAUCAACAUAGUCGUCUGUAGCGGGAGGUUUGAAUCUCGGCUACCGCGUCGAAGGAGCAGUUCACUCUGUCGAUCAAGAUUGGUGAUGAGUUCAAUCGAUCUUGCUCAGUCAACUCCUCUCGAAACUGUGUUGACAGACGUGAAUGCGGAGUGAAAAUUUUGGAUGUGAGUGAGUUGCGGGGAGCUCUUUUUAUGGUAUAAGACGAGCUAUGCGGAGUAACGUGAGUCACAGCUGAGGUUUACUAUGGAGGUUUCUGAUACUCUGGUCGUGGCAACUGAAGAUGCACCGUCUCAUCUGGCCUUCGAGAGUUCAGUCCCUGCUGGCGCUAGUGCUUCAGAUUCAGCGGAGCAAGAAGUAGCUUCAGCAAUACCAUCUACUUCAGCAGCAGCUGAUAUCAAGAAGGUGACAUGGGAAGUAGCUACCGUAGCAAGUGAGAUGGAAGAUGGAGGUGUUGGGAAAGAUGGAAUUGAAUCUAAAGAUGGCGAUCAGUCUGCUGUUGAAGGCUCUGAUGAAGAUAACAAUAGGAGCAGUGUUGGCAACGUCACCUUUAAUGCUGAGGCUGACGAUGGGGAGAAGGGUGAGGAUGUAGAUGGUGCUGAAGAUGGUGACGCUGAGGAAUCCAGUUCGGCUGAUGAGGGGAAAGAUGCAGAAUAUGAAGAUGGCGAUGAUUCCUCAUUAUCUGAUGAUGACAGUAGUCUUAACGUAGAGGUUACUUACACAGAUGAGGAUAUUCAAAAUUUGCUCGAUGAUUUUUUUCAAGCUGAGCAUGAGGCUAUUGAAGCACAGGAGAAACUCGAGGAUGAAUCACUGGAGGCGAUGAGAAAGGAGGUUUCUUCCGAACUUGCGGAAACUAAAUCUGGACCUGAGUUGGAGGCAGCCAUUGAGGAGGAAAUGGAAACCUAUAUCGAAAUUUGCAAGGAUCAGCUCGCCGAACUGGAGGACCAGAUUGCGCUUUUGCAGGAGAAAUUAGAAGACGCUGGUCAGGAUUUGCCGCAGCUGUACAAAUUGCUGGAGAAACAGCUCCCCGAGUUGUGCACAACAGAGACCUGGAGGAAGAGAACGCAUUGGGUGGGCUUAGCGCCCACUCCUGAAGCUUUUGAGGUUGUUCAGAAGGCUGAAUUAGACUUGAAAGAGAAGCGGCCAGUGAGAAGGCAUCAUGGAAGGAUUCAGGACGAGGGGGCCAGUGGAUUUUUAGUCAAAAAAGUUGAAUCCAAAACCGAAUCGGAUGUUGCACCAGAGGAUGCGUGGUCAUUAUAUGACGUCUUAGACAAAGAAGAAGACAAUCCAGGUCCUGGUUCUCUUAUGGGGACUGCGAAAUGGGCUAGUGUCUAUCUCGCUUCUACACCUGAGCAAGCGGCAUUAAUGGGACUGGCUCUGCCUGGAGCAGAUACUGUGGAAGAAAUAGGUGAUUUGGAUGAGAACAAAAGUAAACUUUUUAGAGAAGCUUUGGCAAACGAGGGACAACAAAGUUCUGCAGGACCGCAGAAAAUAAUUGUGAAAAAGGUUCGUGAAGCCGAUGAUGUGAAGAAAACAAAGAAGUUGCAAAGAAAACAGCCCCCUCGAAGACCAAGGAAACGGCUUAUUCAGCAGCAGAAAAAGGUGGAAGGUGUAAUUCCUGCCGGAGUGCUUUCUCGGGGACAAAAUGGAUCUCUACCUGAGGAGCUGAUACCUGGAGUCACAGAGAAGUCACAUCAGGGUCUAAACUCUGAAUUUGAAGUCGGUGUUGAAACUGAGCCAUUGAAUGAAUCUCCUCCAAUUAUUACGAACUCGACCGGGGGAAAUGAGAACGAGAAAGGCAUACCAGUAAUGAUCGUGGACAGGGAUGGUGUGGUGCAUUUUGGAGAGUCUCAGGCUUCUUAUUUGAACAAUGGAGGCGUUCUAUCUGAACCAUCCAAUCAGCUGAAGCGACGUUUGACACCUGCAGAGAUUGAUGGAGAUCCAAAUGACACCAAGAGGAGGAAAACUGUGGUCAUGAUUGAUAGCGAUGACGAACGUGAGGUUGAGGAGUCCGCACCUAGAGACAAGCCUCUGCAGGACGAUGUUCAUAUGAAAGAGAAUGACGAAGAUUUAUCAAAAAAUUCAGCGGAAGUUGUAGUUGUUGGAAGCAGAAAGAACAGCUCGCAAAUUGUUCAAUUGGAGAAUAUGCAAUCUGGAGUUUGGUACCUUUCAAGUCCAAAGGGCGAAGAAAAUUACUCUGAGAGUGGAUUACUGAAGCCCAACACUAGAAGGCGACAAAGUACUGGAAAAUACUACUCGGAUGCCGAGCCUCGCAACUUUUCAUGUACUGCUUGUGGGAUGCUUCUAAGGAACCGAGAUGUUAUGAAACAUCCAACCUUGGAUGUGGGCAUUUGUAGAAAGUGCAAAAACUUCUUAUUCAGCGGACCAUUCAACAAGGACCAAGAUGGACAUGAAGAUGAAUGCCGUUGGUGUGGACAAGGUGGUGAUGUCUUGUGUUGCGAAUCCUGUGACAAAGUGUUCUGCUGUCCUUGUAUUAAGCGUAAUUUGGGCGAGGAAGGUCUUGAUCAGAUUGUCAAUAGUUCGGAUUGGAAGUGCUUUUUCUGUAAUAAACAGCCCUUACACAAUCUGCGUCAGCAAUAUCAAGCUGUGAAAGAUGCUCUAAAGACUCAGCUGCUUUUACAAGACAGCGAGGAUGGACUUUGGAAUGACAAGAUCACCAGUAACAAAAAAAGGAGCAAUAGGCGAAGAAAUAUUCGAUCAGUGCCGGAUGAUAGGGAGCUGGAUGAGAAGACGAAGCAUUUGUUGGCCCUUGAGAAAGAACGACAAGAUCUGCUUGAGUCUUGGCGAGCGAAAGCCAAGGUUAACGGCAAGGGACCUCCAGUGAAGUCGAAUCGACAAAAUCGUCACAUGCACAUAAGUGAUGAACUUCUGGACAUGGAUAUAGAUGAUAUUGCAGAAGAGGGAUUCAUUCUGAACAAAGCACGUGCUGAUAACGAGGAACCUGUCCGAAUUUCCCCGCACAUAUCUGCGGUCUUAAGACCUCAUCAGCUGGCAGGCAUGCGUUUCAUGUGGGAGAACUGUAUCGAGUCGGUCAGCAAAGUUAAAUCUGGUGUUGAUGGACUUGGUUGUAUACUCGCUCACAGCAUGGGUCUCGGCAAGACUUUGCAGGUUAUAGGUUUUGUACACACAGUGUUGAAGAAGGUGGACCUGGGUCUUAAAACAGUGCUGAUUGUCGUCCCAGUCAAUGUAUUACAUAACUGGCGAAGUGAAUUUCACAAGUGGCAGCCAGGAAAUGAGGCUCCAGUUCCUGUUUAUAUGCUUGAAGAUGUUGCGAGAGAUAAUGUGAAUCGAGCCAGGUUGCUCGGUAAAUGGCAAAGAUGUGGUGGAGUGAUGCUUAUUGGUUAUACUGCAUUUCGCAAUUUGUCAAUAGGCAAAACAGUCAAAGAUAAAAUUGUGCGGGAUAAUUUAUGUACUUCUCUUCAGGAUCCAGGACCAGACAUACUUGUAUGUGACGAGGCACAUAUGAUUAAAAAUCGCAAGGCUGAUAUUACACAAGCUCUAAGGCAAGUGCGAACGCAUCGUCGCAUUGCUCUUACUGGAUCACCUCUGCAAAACAAUUUGUUGGAGUACUACUGCAUGGUUGACUUUGUUAGGGAAGGAUUUUUGGGUCCCGCUCUAGAAUUUAAAAGAAGAUUUCAAAAUCCUAUAGAGAAUGGUCAGCGAGCAGAUUCAACAUCGAAGGAUGUGAAGCUUAUGAAGCACCGUGCUCAUGUAUUGCACAAGCAGUUGAUGGGUUUUGUGCAACGGAAAACUAUGAGCGUCUUGAAAGACGAGCUGCCAUCGAAAUGUGUGUAUGUCAUUUCAGUCAGGCUCUCUCCUUUGCAAAGAGCCCUGUACUUGAAGUACUUGCAGAUAAAUGGUUUCCUCAACAGUGGAUUGAAUGAGAAACAGGGUCGCCGCAGCAUUCUCUUUGAGGCUUAUCAUACAUUGGCAAAGAUAUGGAACCAUCCAGAUUUGCUCAUCUUAGCCCAAGAAGAGAAGAACUUGCGCAAGGAGGACAAUCUCGAGAAUUUUAUCGUGGAUAUUGAUGAUGACGUUCCUGAGGUUCCUGAGGUUCCUGAGGUUGUUGAUGCUGGUCACAGUGUGUAUGAUGGAGUCAUUGUUAUAAACGAUGACAAUGGUGAUGAUGAAACAGCCAAAGGCUCUGUGGAAAGUAAAAACAAACCAGCAAAUGGUAUUCGAACUGUUAGCCGAGGAGAUGGCUACCAGGAAAAUCAGGUGGAUAAAUCAGGAUGGUGGAAGGACCUAAUUGACGGCCAGCAGCGUGAAGUUUUGGAGUUGAGUGGUAAAAUGGUAAUCUUGAUGAAGAUUUUAUCGUUAAGUUCUGUGAAAUCGGACAAGGCCCUCGUCUUCAGCCAAUCCUUGCACACACUUGACCUCAUUGAAGUUUUCUUGGCAAACAUGCCAUGCUUGAAUGGCUGGAAAGGAAAUUGGGUGAAAAAUCGUGAUUGGUACAGGCUUGACGGACAAACAUCGGCGAAGUCUAGGCAGGAACUUGUGGAAAGGUUCAAUGACCCGGAUAAUACUUCUGUGCAAUGUGUACUCAUCUCCACAAGAGCAGGAUCUUUAGGGAUUAAUCUUCCUGCCGCCAAUAGAGUAAUAAUUUUUGACGGCUCCUGGAAUCCGACCCAUGAUUUACAAGCUCUCUUUCGAGCAUGGAGGUUUGGACAGAAGAAGAACGUGUACGCCUACAGACUUCUGGCUUCCGGGACAAUGGAGGAAAAAAUUUACAAUCGCCAGGUUGCGAAAGAAGGUCUGGCUGCUAGAGUGCUUGACGAGCACCAGGUCGGAAGAUAUUUUGUUGAAGAUGACCUGGAUUUCUUUUUUGUACUUGACCAAGAUGACUAUCCCGAGAUGGAGGAUUCAGCAUACACUGAUCCAAAGCAGCAAGAUAUUCAAGUCGUUCAGAGUAUGGACCAGCCCUCCACAUCAACGGCGCUUGUUCCAGCGGAAAAGAUGGCUUCAGCACCGCCACCAGGAAAACCAAGGCGGGCUGCAUUUUCUGUUCCAGAUGAUGCUCCACCCCGGGAUGAUAUAAUGGGGAAGCUUCUCCUGGAAUACCGUCCUCAGUGGAUUGGAAGGUAUCAUGAACACGAACCCUUGCUGGAAGAUUUGGAGGAUGAGAAGCUUUCAAAAGAAGAGCAAACUAUGGCGUGGGAGUCCUUUCAGCAUGAAGAAUCUGUUCCACGAAGUCUCGCAUCUUCAACCCCUUCAGUGACCAGCAUGCCUUUCCAACCAACAAAUGUUGCAUCAACUUACAGCUUCUCAUCUGUACAGUCAAAUCCUCUCUCCCAGCCGCAUCUUGUUGCUCAAAAUUAUGUGCCUGCUCAUGUAGGCAGCGUUCCCUGCACAAAUAAAACUCAUGCCAUCCAACUCAGAGAUGAGAAAAUCAGUCUAGGAAACAGCACCGUUUGUAAAAAUUGCCACGAAAAAAUUGAUUGGGAAUCUAUCCAAAGAUCAUAGUUCACCUAAAUCUUAGUUUUUGCAUCCUUUAGAAUUGGUAAGCUUUAAGGUUUUAGGAUUAUAUUUUAUUUUUUAUGAAAAGUAGGAUUUAGAUUGGGUGAGCAUUUCUGGAGUUAAGCAUCUUCCAGUUUUUUCUGUUAACUCGAAGUAAUUAUUGCGAGCUUUCCCCCUCCUCCCCCACCCGGUACAAGUUGUAAACUUACAAUUGGAUGGCCGAGGCCUCUUUUAUAACAUGCCGUGUUUGAGA